UGUCUCCCUCUGUCACUCUCUCUCCGAGCCCUGCCUGACGGUGUCUGCUCUCUCGUAUCUGAGCUGCCCACACCCUAGAGAGGUGGAGCCUCCAUGUUCUUGUGCAUUGGAUCUGGGUGAGGCACCAGUUGCAGGGUGAGUCUUUUUGGCCGAGGUGUCUGCUGCCCUCCAUGGCCCAAUGAUCCAGCAACCCAACCCUACCCAACACCAACACCUGGUGGUCUGACAAGUCUCAGGUUGAAGCUACGUAAAGGCCUGUUUACCCUGUCUGCGGUUUCUACUGACAACUAAGAACAAAUAGGAUUUCUAACCUCAACCUUUUCCCUUUGGAUCCGAGACGAGGCGGUUGGCGACACCAACCAUGGCUGAUAAACUGGGUCUGGCUGUGGGGGACGAUACGGCGUCCAUCAUGGCGCUAUUGGAGCGCGUGGCGGGCAUCAUCGACAACGUGCAGGCAUGCCAGACGCGUAUGGAGGAGAGGCAGCUAGAGCUGGAGAACAGUGUCAAGACCAUCCAGGAGGACGUGGUGAAGCUGACGGUAAACCAUGCAGCCACCAGCAGCACAGUGGACAAGCUGCUGGAGAAGACGCGCAAGGUCAGCUGCCACAUCAAGGACGUCCGGGUACGGGUGGAGAAUCAGAACAUCCGCGUCAAGAAGGUGGAAACCACCCAGGAGGAACUGUUGGCGAAGAACAAGUUCCGGGUUGUUAUCUACCAGGGUGACAGUGAGGUGCCAGCCGUGGCAGCCGGAAAGGAACCCAAAGAACCCAGUGAACCCAAGGAACCGAAACCGUCUGCUGCCGAAGUUGAGCCAGACCACUUUGAGCUCCCCCCUGAGUCUGACGAUGAGUACAUGGUGGUGGAGGAAGCCUCGUCCAUGGCAACUAAGAUGAAGAAAUCAGGCCUGACCCGUAUGGAGAGCUUCAAGUCCACCUUCUCCCGCGUGAACAUGACCAAGACGAAAGAGAACAUGAGCAGCAAGGUUGGCCAGAUGGGUGAGCGCAUCGUAUCAACCGAGCGUCGGCAGAAGAUCCGCCAGUCUGGGGAGAGGCUCAAGCAGUCCGGCUCGCGGCUCAAGGAAUCCAUUGCCAGCCAUGUGCCAGCCAAACUGAAGAAGGAGAGGACUGUGGCGGAGGGCCAGGAGGGGGCUGUGGGGGUCACCGAGGACGCCGCACCCGUCCCGCCACCCAAGGGCCGCAAAUCCGUAAACCCUAAGCUCGCCGAGGAUGGCGUAGAGGAGGAGGUGCCGAUGCAUGAUAUCAAACAGCUCUCCUAAACCAGCGUUCAAGGAAAUGGAAAACAACAACAUCCGUGUAUCUUUUUUUUUUCAUAUUUUUUUUUUAAGGAUGGCCUGUGACUGAUAGUCCCAGUCCCAUAAACGGGCCAGUUAGGGUUUCAACACAAUGAAUUUAUAUAAUCCACACAACACUUUGAAGUCAUCUUUGUUUUGGGAAUUCAAUUAUUUAUAUAGAUAGAAGUAUUUCUUUUUUUGGUCAUUUUUUCUUACAUUAAACAUGGACUCACAAGUAUGCAAAACAAAUAAACUGACAAGAUUUACAGCAAAUGUGUGUGAUUGGACAUUUUCUACAGACUUAUAAUCAACAUAUUAUAAUACAUAAGACAUUCAAUUGUCAAUGUGCAUGUUGAAAGGCUGAAUAUGGGAUGUUAAGGCUAAACUAUUGAAGUGAUGGAAGUUGAAAUGGAGUUCUGGUAUGUAUGGUUUGAUUAAGGUUAAUGUUACAUAUGCAAAACAUUAAAUUGACUGGAAAAUGUCUUUGUGCAAAGGUAAGUGAAGAAUGAUGAGCUUUUGGUCUCAGUUAUGUAAAUUCAUGCCAGCCGAACUAGAAUUUAGUGAUAAAUAGAAUUUCUUGUGCAAUUUUUGCAGAGAAAACUCAAUCAGCUGGUGUCUGAAGAGUAAAGCAUAUAUAAAAAGCAUAUAUAAUUUCAUGGGCAAAUUGGUGGGUGGGUGAAGAAACUAAUGUGCAUUAUGUCAAAUAUCUAUGGAUACGAAAUGUUGAUUUAAAAAAAAAAAUAUUAGUCAUACAAAUGGCCAGUGGGAAUAGACAGAAUUUUGCUCCCUAUGGAAAUAAGCAGAUUCAUAAAUAUAUGUCUAGUGUAGUUUAAUAUAUAAAGCCAUUACUAGGACAUUUUAUUGAGAGUUGUUUGCUGCAAUAGAGUGAGUGAUUUUGCAUGUUUAUAGAUAUUCUUUUAUUUUAUUUUGAGAGUAAUUCUUUAGAGUGAAUGUCACUGAAUAUAUACUAUAUUUGAAGCCUCUCACAACUCAUUGUGCAUGUUAUCAUCUUAUUCAAAUGUCCGAUAAUCUUGUUAGCUGUAGAUUUUGUUUCUAUUUAAUGAACACGGUUCUUUACUCUUGUUUAAAAAGGUCUAAAAUAGGUGCCAUACUAGACUAACUGUUUUGCUGUAGUGCAACAUAUCUCAAGAUAGUUGACAUUGUUUACAUGAAGUCAAAAGCUUUUGUAAGUUCCCAUGAAAUGUGUUGUAACAGCUUUAUGACAACCACACUUUGUUUAUUACAACGUACAGGACCCAGUCAUAAAGUAUAGAGCUGUAACAAAAAUAAAAUCUAAACGGCA